AGUAUUGAUCGUGUUUUCACAUCGUAACUAGUGGCACUCCCUGAGAUGGGUCUGAAUCGUCGAGAUUUAAUAGUAGUGACCCUGGUGAUGUUGCUAUUUAUGGCAAAACAGAUGUUCCAUGACGAGAGAUAUAAAAGAAGGAUUUACACUCUCUCUCCUGCACAUCCAACCGAGAUGGUGUCCCAGGCCUUUGCCAAUGUGGCCGAAAAGGGCAAAUACUCCAGCCACUCCUUUGUCUGGCCCGCUACACGGUGGGAGGAAGUUACCCGAAGUUCUCGAGUGUGUCUCGUUACCCAAGGCAGCGUCGACCGCAUCUUCUGGGUGGCUCGACAGGCUGAGGCUUUCAGAGGGCCAGUGUCCAUGGCCAUCUACGCUCCAGGCUCUGAUUAUGCCGUGGCCCUUGCUAUGGUAUCCUACUUGAAAUACUGCUUCCCCGCUGUUCAAGAGAACGUGUCCUUUCAUAUAAUGUACUCAAGGAAGUAUCCCCCCAAAUUCUCCACUGAAUACAAGGCACCUCCUCUUAGUUGUUCUGAUCCGGAAGGGGUAAACAGACUCUUGAUGGUUCUUCUGGGCAAAGAAAACAGCAUAAUAAAGCAUUACCCUCAAAAUCACAUGAGGAACCUGGCUCGGCGAGCUUGUCCUUGUGAAAAUGUCCUCACCGUCGAUAUUGACAUGGUGGCAGCACCCUACAUGAAUGGAAUGUUGUCCAAUUUUCUCAGCACUACGAAGCAGACUGCGCCAUGUAAAAAAUGCGCUUAUGUGGUACCACUCUAUGAAAUCCAGGACGAUGCUGAGUUUCCAAGGAAUAAGACUGAACUUUUGAAUUUGAUACAAAAUCACAGAGCUCGGAUAUUCCACGAGAAGGUGUACAGCAAAAAUCAGGGAAAUGCUCGAUUCCAUGAAUACUGGGAGAUACAACCAGACAAAGAAGAUUCAAGAAAAUAUCAAGUCCUUUAUGAUAUCGAAAACUACGAGGAGCGCUGGGAACCGAUUCUUGUUUUGCCGAUCAGUGCUCCUUUCUUUGACGAGCGAUUCGUAGGGUUUGGGUGCAAUCGCUAUAGUCAGGUUUACGAGCUCCAUCUACGCAAAUACAAUUUUAAGGUUUUGGACACAGCCUUUCUCGUCCAUCGCGGAUUCCAGACGAGAGCGAAAUAUCCUCACUGGCGCCCCAGGGAGAUUCAGGAGAAUCUAGAACGGUAUAAAGAGUUCAAGAAUGAAAUUCAUAAGAAACUAAAGAUUAAACAAAGUUUUCUUCUGUAAAAGAUAACUAUUUCUGCAAUGAUCUCCAUAUCUGAGGAAUGGUAUGUGCAUUACUGGUUUUCUGAAAUAAGAACGUACUGUUUUCUAGGUAUCUUCAUAUGUGCAAAAAAUUAAGAAGACCCUGAAGUAGACAGGGAAAUGUUUAUAUAAUCUUGAUGUAACUAAUUUAUACUAAAUAAAAAG